AUGGAAGGAACUCAACGCAGCGUUGAGAGAACCGCCAGCUAUGAUGGGCUAGACUUCACUGUUCAUAACUUCAUUUCCCCUUCAUUGACCGCUCCUCGAAAGGAUUUGCUAGUUCUUGGUCAAAAGAUUAUCCAGUCUGCAAAGACUUCAUCACCAGAUUGGCUGAACCCCAAGUCUAUUCCAAUCCCCAAGCUCUCUACAAGGUUGUUUUCGUAUGCUAUUACACCACCUGUGACCCUUCCCCGAGAGGGAACAUCCAGUACACAGGAGGAUCUGAAAGAAUGGGGUUCUCCGGUAGAAGAAUCAGAAGUCUAUCGCAUUGAAGACUUGGAAGAGUUUGUGAGCAGCGACUUCAGUUCGCUGUUCAGAGUCAAGGAGGCAAAUCCUGAUCACAGUCAACUGCUGCACCGAGCACGGGUAAAGCGAGACUCCGAGGCUGCUCUUCUGGAUGAAGGUGUUAGAAGUUUGAAACGGCUACGAUCGGACAAGGUGGAAACUGAAAUACCUCGGUUGACGCCUUCUGAUGGGAAGGUCGCGUCAGUGGUCACUGAACGUCAGGUUGUGGUAGAAGACAAGGAUUUGGAUUUGGAGCCUCUACAUCACGUCAUACCCCAGCCCCAUGUCCACCCCACUCUCCUGCCCAAGAAACCUCCAAAGGAAUCUGUCAAGGGAUACGCCAAAACCAUCCCCAUCCCCAUCUCCCCUCAUGUACAGAUAUCUCCAUCGUCUCGCUACGAUCGCAGCGCCUGGCUUAUCCCUGUCCGAGGACAGCUUCCCUGGGAGGGCUGCACAUCCGCUGCCGUUCUUGCUCCUUUGCGGCGGGUUCCAAUCGAACCUGGCCCCAUCACAACUGACAAUCGAAUCAUAUGGUCUCACGACGCAUUGCAGAGGUUUUGGAAGUUCAUCCUUUCGUUACGGAACAAUGGCUCAAUUGGAGCCAUUGGGAUAUCGUUCCACGCCGCCCCGCCCUCUACGGAGCCUACAGGAUUCUCAUAUUCGUACUCCACACCAUCUGGCGUAGGGGCACAGAUCGUGCAGCGAGACACUUUUCCAAGUACCGCUUCAUCUGGGAGUGGACACUCCACUCCUAGUGCUGAUAUUUCCUUCGACGUGCCCUUAUCAGUUGAUUAUAUGAAGAUACAUCAUGAGGGACCACGAAGGAUGAUCGUUAGGACCGCCCUGGAUGUCUGGGGGUACAAUGUUGAUGCGAAAGACGGAUCUCAGAAGGUUCGCCCUCUCAAGGGUGCGAAACUAGUCUUGUUGGACCACAGGUCGAGGGGAGUGUUGAUCUCCUAA